AUGUCUACGUUAAGAGGUGCCAGCACAUUUUUCGGUUGUGAAACUUUAAACAGAGUGUCCUUUCUGAGGGAAGAUGUUGAAUUCGUCAAGAAUACACUUACCCAUGGAUCGACUACAUUUGUGCCAUUUAUACGUGGUGAAGCAUUAUCUUCCAAUGGAUCUUUAUAUUCCAUAAAGCUAGACGAGUCACAGUCGGUCAUGAAGCCGGUGGUGAACAAGUUGCUUCCCAUCUUAAAUACCAGUGCAAGUCGUUUGCGUAACUCCGGUGUCAAUUUGACCUUCCUGGGGCUUAAACAAGGUGAAGAUUCCCGUGAAGGAGUCUUCGUAUAUCGCUCCCAAUACAAGGGUACCCCAUACUAUGGUAUCGAUUUCCAUGUUGAUUCAGAUACGUUGGUUAAACCUUCUGAUAUCGCUCCAUUAACCAAGAUGCCAUUACUCGAUCGUGAAACUAUCUUUGAAAUGGAUAAUGAAGAUGCAUCUAUUUAUUCACAUGCCAAGAUGUAUCUAGAUUGGCUUAGCAAGUACCAUUUUUGUCCUGGCUGUGGCUCUCCCAUCUACCCAGUUGAUGCAGGCACUAAACUACAGUGUUCCAAUGCUAACCGUGAAGUUGGCUGUCAGGUGAGGGACGCCAGAGUGACUAAUGUGUAUUUCCCACGUACUGACCCCGUAGUAAUCACUGCCAUUGCUUCACGGGACUUUAGCAGAAUCUGCUUAGCGAGAUCUAAGCGUAAACAUGGGGACACUGUCAUGUAUAGCACCAUUGCAGGUUUCAUGGAACCUGCAGAAACUGUAGAAAACGCAUCCCGUAGAGAGAUUUGGGAAGAGACUGGUAUUCGUUGUGAAGAUGUCGCCAUGAUCACUACACAACCAUGGCCCUACCCUGUCAACCUAAUGAUUGGUUGUCUUGGUCUAGUGGAUGCCAAUGGUGUCAACGAAGUAAUCAGCUUGACCCACGACGAAGAAUUAUUGGACGCCCAGUGGUUUUCCACGGAGGAUGUCAGUAAGUCUCUCGAAGCCUACGAUGGCAAUGGAAUGGUUAGAUUCAAGGACUCAAUAAGACUACCUGGCUCCACUGCCGUAGCGUUCCAUUUAAUCAAGCACGUUUGCGACAAAUACAAGAGACGUCAAGCUUCUCUAUAG